CAAGCGUGGUCGGUAUAUAUGAGCAGCUAAAGCUCGCGUUUAAUCUAGGCUUCUGCGGCUAUUUUUCAAUUAUCAUAUGGUAGUUGAUUCAUUUCACCAAACUUUAGCCCAAAUUUGAUGUAAAUGGCAAAACCCAAAGGCUCACAAGACUCAUUGCCGCCUGCCCAACCCUCCUAUGUGUUGAGAGGCCAUCGAGAGCCAAUCCAUGCUUUGGGAUUUUUUCGCGAGAAUUCGAGGUUGAUCAGCGGUGAUGCUGAAGGGUGGAUUGUUGUCUGGGACAUUUACCUCAAAAGACCAGUAGCAGUGUGGAAAGCUCAUCAGAAAUCCUUGCUUGGCGUUGGAUCUUGGGGUAAUGACAGAAUAAUAACGUGGGUCAAAUAUUUAUUUUUAGUGGUGUGGCGGGGUUCAGGCUGAUCAUUUUUACUUGCAGCCAUGGAAGGGAUGGUAAACUACAUAUAUGGCAGGUUAGCAAAGCAGAGGAAGGCUUACUGGACCGUACACUCCCUGUGGACGAUCCAUG